AUGGCCUCUCAAUUAUCAAAUCAUUAUCGUAUUUAUAUAAAAAAUCUCAGCUACCUGACAAGUGAAAAAGAUUUAGAGGAAUUAUUUGGAAAGUUUGAACCUUACACAAUCCAUUUCAGCAGAAGCGGUAGACACAGACCAUUGGGAAUUGCUUACGCCGAGUUUAAAACUCCAGAACAGAUUGAAUCUGUUAUCAAGGAGUUCGAUGGUCAUGUAUUAAAAAAUAGAAAAAUAGCUGUUAAAAAGCAUAUGGCUUAUGAUCCAAACAAUCGUCGGUUUUCAUUUAAAAGGAAAUCAAGUAUAAAGAAUGGGAAACGGAACCAAACCGGUACCCUUUCUAGUGAGAUGCCUGUGCUUGUUGCAAAAGAGUCUUUGUUACAUGAUGACGAAACUGUCUCAAUUAAACAACCAAAGAAGACACACUCUGGUAAAAAAGAACUUUCGAUGGAUACUAUAAUGAUUCAAAGAGUUUAUGGUAAAGUUACUGAUGAAUCUCUCAGAGAUUUCUUUAAAGAGUACAACCCUAGUCAAAUCUACAUAUUCAAAAGUAGAAAACCAAAACUCAAUCCUAUGAACUUUACUGGCUCACAUGUAAGCGUUUUAGCUAAACUUGACGCCUCAAAGAUAAAAUUGGAAGAUAUCAUUUUCAACUUGAAGUCACGAAAACUUAAUGGGAAACACAUCAAUAUGAAACCGGCCUAUAAAUCAAAAGUUUUGGAAGUAGAAAAAGCUAUUGCUCAACUGAAAUCGCUCGAAAACACUGAGGGGUGUGGUGACACUAGUUGCAAUGAUAGCGUAGUUGCUAAUGAGAAAACAUCAAUAGCUAAUAAAGACGGAAAGAAUAAUGACGGUGAGAAUCUGGCAAUUUCCCUUAUUGGCACUGUUUCAAAUUGUUAA